UGAGAUCAAAAUUCACUUCAAUAGCUUAACUAUCCCCUAUCAUAGUUUCUAUAGAUCUACGGCGUUUAUAAAAAGCCCUAAUAUCAUUGUGCAUACGAACACUACCACCUCCCGAUACUACCUCACUAAAAAAGCCACAACCCCCAAAGCAGCAAUGACGAUCUUGACCAGAUCCCUCCAUUACACCCACAGACUAAAGCUUCUUGCAACGACAACCCCCCAAACAACACCAGUGCGCACAGUGCGCAUCGCCGCCUCAGCAACAGCCCAAGACCACCAUGCCUCAACAAACGCCACGCCCGUCGAGGACAUCCCCCCAUUCCGCACCACAACACCACCACAAACCCAGGUCGAAUCUCACAUCUCACGUCUGCCCCUAGUGCAGUCCCUCCGCCGGGACCCAAAGUACAAGGAAACCCGCCCUCACCUGUCCAUGAACCCUUCUCUGCGGCCCGCUCAUUUCGUUGCGGGCUCUCUGGCCGGCCCGGAGAAGGUCACCGUUCCCCCGUAUAUGUGGACGGCGGCUGAGAAGCUGAAGGACAGCGGCCGGUGGGCGGCACGUGUGAUAUCAGUGUUCCAUAUCGGGAAGCAAAUGUGCGGGCACCCGGGAUUCGUGCAUGGGGGCUUGUUGUCCGUUAUGUUCGACGAGGCAUUUGCGCGGUGCGUGUCGGCGUCGUUUCCGAGUGGACUAGGUAUGACGGCGAACCUCAAUGUGGACUUUCGGAAGCCAGCCGUCCCUGAUCGGCUGUACGUGCUGCGGGCUGAUACGGUUAAUGUUGAGGGGAGGAAGGCUUGGGUGGAAGGGAGCUUACGCUCGCUGCCGCCUUCUGGGGAGGAGAGUGAUCCCGUUACGGUGGCUGAAGCUAGGGCUUUGUUUGUUGAGCCCAAGUUUGCAGAGUCUAUGGUACCUCUGUAUCGCGAUUGAUUGAGGCGUGGCUGCCGAGAGCGCCAUAUGAUUUAAAUACCCUUCGGCACAAUAUUUUGAAUAAACUUAUAAUACCUCAUAUAGACUAUGGACACAGGAUGAAACGGAGUACUGAUAGAUUGGGCAACAAUUUUGCGCUGAAAUUCUCCAUUUUCUAUCUAGA